CGAGGCCUAGGGAUUCUUGUUCCUCCGAAUCCAAUUUUAAACAAAUGUCCUAAUAUCUGAGCCCGAUUUGAGCGGGUUCCUGCAUUAUGAGGAAAUUCCACAAAUUAUAAGCAGUGUUUAAAUAGCGUAGUUAUUAGCUGUCAAGUAAGUCAACUAACUUGAAGGAACUAUCAAACUACAGUGGAGAAACAAGACUUGAAAAGAUGACAUCUCGUAGGUGGUUCCAUCCAAACAUUACUGGUGUAGAAGCUGAGAACUUGCUGCUGACCCGUGGUGUAGAUGGAAGCUUCCUCGCCCGACCAAGUAAAAGCAACCCUGGAGAUUUCACCCUCUCAGUCAGGCGAAAUGGGGCAGUCACUCAUAUCAAGAUCCAGAACACAGGUGAUUACUACGACCUGUAUGGAGGGGAGAAGUUUGCCACUCUUGCUGAGCUUGUGCAGUACUAUAUGGAGCACCACGGACAACUGAAGGAGAAAAAUGGUGACGUCAUUGAACUGAAGUAUCCUCUCAACUGUGCUGACCCAACUUCAGAAAGGUGGUUUCACGGUCACCUGUCCGGUCGCGAGGCUGAAAAGUUGCUCACUGAGAAGGGAAAGAACGGCAGUUUUCUGGUGCGAGAGAGCCAGAGCCACCCCGGGGACUUUGUGCUCUCCGUCCGCACCGGGGACGACAAGACGGACGGCAGUGACAGCAAACCCAAGGUCACCCACGUCAUGAUCCGCUGUCAGCAAGACCUUAAGUAUGACGUUGGCGGCGGAGAGAAGUUUGACUCCCUCACAGACCUGGUGGAGCACUAUAAGAAAAACCCAAUGGUGGAGACAUUAGGAACAGUGCUGCAGCUCAAGCAGCCCCUGAACACAACCCGCAUCAACGCGGCCGAGAUAGAGAGCAGAGUGCGAGAGCUGAGCAAGUUAGCUGAGGCCACUGAUAAGGUCAAGCAGGGAUUCUGGGAAGAGUUUGAGACGCUUCAGCAGCAGGAGUGUAAGUUGCUGUACAGUCGUAAAGAGGGUCAGCGGAUAGAGAACAAAAACAAGAACAGAUACAAGAACAUUCUUCCCUUCGACCACACGCGGGUGGUGCUUAACGACGGUGAUCCGAACGAGCCGGGAUCCGACUACAUAAACGCCAACAUCAUCAUGCCAGAGCUGGAGACAAAAUGCAACAAUACUAAAAUGAAGAAGAGCUACAUUGCUACCCAAGGCUGUCUACAGAACACCAUCAGCGACUUCUGGAGGAUGGUGUUUCAGGAGAACUCAAGAGUCAUUGUCAUGACGACGAAGGAGGUGGAACGAGGCAAGAGUAAGUGUGUGAAGUACUGGCCAGACGUGUCGGCGCUGAAGGAAUAUGGAGCGAUGCGCGUUCGCAACGUCAAAGAAACCUCGGCACACGAUUACAUCCUUCGGGAGCUGAAACUGUCCAAAGUUGGACAGGGUAAUACUGAGCGUACAGUGUGGCAGUACCAUUUCCGUGCCUGGCCUGACCACGGUGUGCCUGCAGACCCUGGCGGUGUGUUGGACUUCUUGGAAGAAGUCAACCUGAAACAGGAGAGUAUCCUGGAAGCUGGACCCAUCGUGGUACACUGCAGUGCUGGGAUUGGACGAACGGGGACGUUUAUUGUGAUUGAUAUUCUAAUAGAUAUCAUCAGAGAAAAAGGGGUGGACUGCGACAUUGAUGUGCCGAAGAGCCAUUCAGAUGGUGCGGUCCCAGAGGAUCAGGAAUUGGUGCAGACAGAGGCCCAGUAACCGCUUCAAAUUUACAUGGCUGUAUCAGCAUUACAUAGAGACACUGUGCAGCGCCGCAUAGAGGAGGAGCAGAAAAGUAAAAUGAAAGGCAGGGAGUACACGAACAUUAAAUACUCUCUGUCCGACCUGAGCGGAGGGGACCAGAGCCCUUUGCCCCCCUGCACCCCGACCCCAACCUGUCCCGAUUUGAGGGACGAUAGUUCCAGAGUGUAUGAGAACGUCGGACUCAUGCAGCAGCAGCAGCAGAAAAGCCACAGAUGAGGGUUUCACCCCAGCACUGUCCCACUCAGAGGGUCUGUUUAUUGUUUUUGCCAGCUGCACCUGAAUGCCUGCGAUGUAAUGAUUAGCAUACAGAACGACGAAAAAAAAAAAAUACCCAACAACAACGAGGAAGAGGAGAGAGGACGGUCUACGAGGGCUCAGAGGAAGUGUGGGUGGGGUCAUGGCCCCCUUUUUCCUUUUUUUUUCUUCUUUUUUUUUCUUUUUUUUUUCUCCUCCAGCCCUGUGAAGUAGCCUCUUCAAACCCAUGCUUAACAAAACAAACACACAAACAAAACAAAACAAAACAACAACACUGUGACAGUUCUGAAGCCUUACCCUUGGAUAAAAAAAAUGAACACACA